AUGUACUUCUCCAAGUCAUCUCUCAUCCUACUCGCUGCUGCCUCCAGCGUGCAUGCCCUAACGUUCAACGAUGUCUCGAUCGCUGCCUCUGUUCUCAAGCGCGAGGCAUCAGGGCUGGGCAACAAUCUGCUUUCUCUUGUCAAGCGUCAGGGAAGCUGCCCAUCCGAGUGGAACGAUGUCGCCUCGGAACUGAAGGGUUGGUUUCUUGACGGCUCGGUGUGCAGCGACGAUGCAAGAGCGGCCAUCCGCCUGGCCUUCCACGACUGCUUCUCUGGCGGCUGUGAUGGCUCCAUCAUCCUCGCCCAGGAGUACAACCGCGCUGAGAACGCAGGGUUGGCAAGCUUCGCGCAGAAGCUCGCGCCCUUGGCGGAUCAGUACAACGUGGGAACUGCAGAUCUGAUCCAAUUUGCUGGUGCGCAAGCAAUCGCCACCUGCCCGCUCGGCCCGCGUGUUGCUGUCAAAGUUGGCCGCCAGGACAGCGACACUCCAUCCGAGGAGGGCCAACUCCCCUCGGGGACUGCCUCUGCUUCGACCUUGAUCAAUCAGUUCGCGGCCAAGGGCUUCUCCGCUACCGACCUGGGCGCUCUCGUCGGUGCUCAUAGCACUGCAAAGCAGUUCUUUGCCAAGCCCGAACAGGCCGGCCAGUCCCUGGAUAGCACGCCUGGCACCUGGGACACUAAGUUCUACGCCCAGACAUCCGCGGGUACCGCACCCGUGAGCUUGGACAGCGAUGUCAAUCUCUCCAAGGAUCCCAGGACACUGUGGGCCACAUUCAACGCGCAGGGUGUGUGGGCUGCUGCGUUCGUGAGCGCUUUCAACAGGAUGUCUGUUCUGGGCAACGACGCCGGCAGCUUGACGGAUUGCACGAGUGUCAUCAGCGCUGCGACAAGCAAGCGCGACAUCAAGGCGGCACCCAUCGCCGACAGAAUCUAA